AGGUCGGCUAAAUCGACCGCCGCCUCCUGUUCAUUUCACCCUCCGCUUCUCGUCUCCCGCUCUGCUCGGCUCUGCUCUGCUCCGAGGGUUGUGGGGUUGUUUGCACCGGCGGGGAUGGAGGCGGCGACGGUGGCGUGGACGGCGGCGGGGGUGGGGAUGGCGCUGGUGUACUGGUUCGUGUGGGUGAUGGGGGCGGCGGAGGUGAAGGGGAAGCGGGCGGUGGAUCUCAAGAUGGGAUCCAUCACGCACGACAAGGUGAAGGACAAGUACACGCAGUACUGGUCGUUCUUCCGCCGCCCCAAGGAGACGGCGACCACCGAGGCGUCCGCCGAGAAGGUGCCGGCCUUCGUCGACACCUUCUACAACCUCGUCACCGACAUCUACGAGUGGGGCUGGGGCCAGUCGUUCCACUUCUCCCCUUCCCUCCCCGGUCGUUCCCACCGCGAGGCCACACGCGUCCAUGAGGAGCGCGUCGCCGACCUCCUCCAGGCCAAGCCGGGCCACCGCCUUCUCGACGUCGGCUGCGGCGUCGGCGGGCCCAUGCGCGCCAUCGCCGCCCACUCGGGCUCCAACGUCGUCGGCAUCACCAUCAACGAGUACCAGGUUAACCGCGCCCGCGCGCACAACCGCAAGGCCGGCCUCGACUCCCGGUGCGAGGUCGUCUGCGGCAACUUCCUCUCCAUGCCGUUCGCCGACGCCUCCUUCGACGGCGCCUACUCCAUCGAGGCCACCUGCCACGCGCCAAGGCUGCAGGACGUCUACGGCGAGGUCUUCCGCGUGCUCAAGCCAGGCGGCCUCUACGUCUCCUACGAGUGGGUCACCACCUCCCUCUACCGCGCCGACAACGCCGAGCAUGUCGAGGCCAUCCACGGUAUCGAGCGCGGCGACGCUCUCCCGGGCCUGCGCCGCCAGGACGAGAUCGCAUCCAUCGCCAAGGAGGUAGGAUUCGAGGUGCUCAAGGAGCUCGACCUCGCCCUCCCGCCCGCUCUCCCCUGGUGGACGCGGCUCAAGAUGGGGCGCAUCGCCUACUGGCGCAACUCCCUCGUCGUCCGCGUGCUCACCAUGCUCCGGAUUGCACCCAAGGGCGUCGCCGAGGUGCACGAGAUGCUGUACGAGACCGCGCAGCACCUCACCCGCGGCGGCGAGACCGGCAUCUUCACGCCGAUGCACAUGGUGCUCCUCCGCAAGCCCGCCGAGAGCAAAUAGUGCCAGUCAUCAACGACACCUACCUUCAUUCACUCACCCAGCGGAAGGGAGGAACAGAGCAAAAGAAAUAAUCUCGCAGAGAAGCAGCACAGGUAAGAAGUGCAGACUACCACCUAGCACCUGGCGAGGAGGAGAGGUUGCAGAAGAGAUUGCUUAAAUUAAGUUAAAUUUGAUCGUUUAGAGGAGAAAUAAGGAUUAUGUUUAUUGUUACUCUUUCUUGUUCGUAGCUAAUUUUGCUUUCAAAUUUUUUUGGUGGAGGUUUUUGGGUUGGAAAGACAAGGUCGGGUUCUCCUUUAAAGUUUGAGUUUUUUUUUUCCUCCUUGAUCGGUGGAUCGAUCUACUACUACUUAUCUACUAUCAGUAAUCAGACAUGCCAUGUUUUGUCUCGAGCUCACAAGAUUGGAAUCUCUCCCGCUAGGGAAUCCAAUUUUCAACGGUGUAAUUUGCCC